CGUCACAUGUUGCCAGGAUUGCUAGUUGAUGCAACCGAAAGCUUGAACAAUUUUAGAAAGUCAAAGGCAAAAACGAACAAUUAUUAAGACAAUUGUGCCGUUAUUGUCGGUACACUAUACUUUACUUUGAAAUGUCUUAAUAUCUUCGUGUGUUGUUGGAUAAAACACACCUGUUAAUGUUGUAUUUAUUCUAACAAGCUAAUGUAGCUAGCCUGUUUGCUAGCCAGGAAUAGUUGACAUCUCACUGUUGGCUUCAGGUUAGCUAACACAGUCAACAUAGGAGCUAAAAUAAAGAGAGCUCCAGAUGCGGCUAAAGGACCCCUUCUCUUUGAAAGCCGCUGAUAUGACUAAACGGUCUAAUAAACCGAGGAAACCUCGAGAUGAGGAGUCAUCAGAUGAAGUCAGUGGGUUGACUUGCCAGCAUGUGAGUAAGGCAGUGGACCUGAGCUCAGUGAAGAAGUCAGUGCUCUCCAGCGUGUGGGUGGUGUGCUCUGAGUGCCUAAAGGAGAGGACCAUAAUCGAUGAAGAGCCAGCAGCAUCCCACGACAUCCUUGUGUGCUUAAAGUGUGGCUUCCAGGGCUGCAACCAGCCUGGGAUCCAGCACUCUGUGAAGCACCAGCAAGCUUUCCAUCCAGAGCUUCACUGCAUCACCAUCAGCUUGAGCACGUGGAAGGCCUGGUGUUAUGAAUGUAACGAAGAGCUCUCCACUCACUGCAACAAAAAGGCUCUUGCUCAGACUCUGGACUUUCUACAAAAGCACUCGGUCAAGGCUACAUCAGGAGCGUCACCCAAGAUCAUCAAGCUGCAAGAGGAGCCAUCAGAUUAUAGUGACAAAGGCAAGAGUCCAGCCACCAACAGCACCUUGGUCCCUGUCAAAGGCAUAAACAACCUCGGUAACACCUGCUUCUUCAACGCUGUUAUGCAGAACCUGUCUCAGACACACAUGCUCAUCGACCUCAUCCAGGAAGUGAAGGACAAAGGGUACAAGCUGAGGAUCAGCCCCACUGGUGAUACCAAUGUGAGUCCAUUGAUGGUAACGCUGCCCAGUCCAGAGCCCCUGACUUCGGCCAUGUUUCUCUUCCUCCAGAGUAUGAAAGAACCAGGGAAAGGACCGGUCAAUCCCAAGAUCCUCUUCAACCAACUGUGCCAGAAGGCUCCACGCUUCAAGGGCUACCAACAACAAGACAGCCAGGAGCUUCUGCACUACCUCCUGGACUCCAUACGAGUAGAGGAAACUAAAAGGGUGAAAGCGGGAAUUCUGAAGGCUUUCAACAAUCCCACAGAAAAGACAGCAGAUGAGGACACCAAACGCCAAGUCAAAGCGUACGGAAAGGAAGGCGUGAAGAUGAACUUCGUUGACAGCAUUUUUGUAGGCGAGCUGACCAACACAAUCAUGUGUGAAGAGUGCGAGCAUAUCUCCACGGUGAAGGAGGCUUUCAUAGACAUAUCUUUACCCAUCAUAGAGGAGAGGAUGUCAAAACCAUCCAACCCUAAUAGGCUGGGGAAGGGCAGCCGGGAGCAGGACGCCCACGUGACUCACAGUGACCAGGUUCUUUCUGCAGCGCACUCUGUCAACAGAAACACCAAGAAGCUGAGCGGACAGAAGCAGCAGCAGAGCAGGAGGUCUUCAAGCUCUGUGGAGGAGAAGGUAGCAGGCUGCAGUGCUGAGCGGCAGGAAGAGGAGAGCGUAGCUGCCGGAUCGGCACGCGGUAUUUCCGUUUGCAAGAUGGCCGCCGCUGGCAGCCUAUCAGAUGGCAGUGAAAGAGACUCUGGUGCUCAGGACAGCAGUAAUGAUGCUGACAGUGAGGCCUCAGAGAGCGAGUGGGCCCCACGCACCUCCUCCAGACACAGCCACGGACACAUGUCCACCCCAUCGUCCACCUCCACCCUCACUCCGUCUCCUACGCCCGUCUCUGCCUCCUCCACCUCGUCAUCAUCCUCCACGAGGCAAGGCGGCGCUGUAGAGCAGCUAGUUACUGCAGUGUCUAAAGUCAACCUCGGGUUCGCCUCUGGAGACUGCUCUCCUCCCACACACUGUUCUCCAGAGGAGCACGGAGACACGGAGUCACGAGAUAACCUCCACCAUCAACACCACCAGGGGGCCUUCCAGGCGCUGUCCCACAGUUACACACCCAGCUCCAAGGAGUGCUCCAUCCAGUCCUGCCUCCACCAGUUCACCUCUGUGGAACUGCUGAUGGGCAACAACAAGCUGCUGUGCGAGAGCUGCACUGAACGCAGACAGAAACAGCUGCGCAAGAGCAGCUCGGCCGACAAGAAGCUGGAGAAGAUUUACACCAGUGCUAGGAAGCAAAUUCUGAUAUCCUCGCUGCCUCCUGUCAUCACAUUGCAUCUUAAACGCUUCCAUCAGGCCGGGAUGAAUUUACGAAAAGUGAACCGCCAUGUUGAUUUUCCCCUGAUCUUGGAUCUGGCUCCAUUCUGCUCGGCAUCCUGCAAGAACCUGGCAGCUGGUGAGCGUGUCCUCUACAGCCUGUAUGGGAUUGUCGAACAUAGUGGCUCUAUGCGGGGGGGGCACUACACUGCAUAUGUAAAGGUGCGCUCGCCCCAGAAGAAACUGGAGCCGCAUCACAGGAACCUGUCAGGUGCGAGGGAUGCCGGCAGCAGCUUCCAGGGUCAGUGGGUGUACAUCAGUGAUACCACCGUUCAGACGGUACCAGAGUCAAGGGUACUCAACUCUCAGGCAUACCUGCUCUUCUACGAGGAACUGCUGUAAUGUGACUAGCAAAAGUACUUUUCCUAGAUCUCCGUUUUGCUUUGUAUUGUUUUUUGGUACUCGCCUGUACUACUCCUCAUACGGUAUCUGUGAGUAGGUGGAGGAAAGAAAAGGGAAAGACUUCACUUUACACUCACUCGUCUUACAUGAGAGGACCGUCGUGUCAUGUGCAUACAAAUCCUCAAUUAAAAUUGGCACCUGUGAAUAUCUUAGAUAAAUUUGAUAGAUGAACAUCAUAUGUUAAUGUUAUUAUUUUCUGAUUUUGAUUCAUGUUUUGAAAAUCUUACCCUUUAAAAAGAAGUCGGGAGAAAAGAGUCACUGAGUGUGAGUUUGUCGUCUGUCUCUGUCACGACCACGUGCCUGAGAUAUUAACUGAGUAAAGGAGUUUUUUACAUGUAACUAACAGAAAAAAAGCAGAAUUAUCGCAUGCUAAACUGCGCUCAGCACUGACUGACUGUGUGUGUGUGUGUGUGUGAAUGAUCGAAUGAGUGGGUGAGAGACAGGAGAAUGUAGAUUUAAGGUGCUAUGUGUAUAAUUUUUACAUUGUAUACCAUCGCCACAUUAAAUUUGAAUUAGUAUUUUAGUUAGUGUAAUUAAGAUAAACACUCAUCAUGAAGAACAUGGGCUUCUCUGUCUGCAUUCUACACAAAAUAUUUUUAAUUUACAACGGCAUAUAGGGGCCAUUGUAGGUUAAAAAAGUCACAAAUUCUACCAGGGAAAUUAACCACAUGGCUUCAUUUUGCAAGGUUGCAUCGACCUCAUCACAGCACAGGCAGGAAACAGGGUCCGAUUGCAAAGUAUGAUUUGGUUUUAGGUCUUCCACUGCAGGCAUAGUGCACAGCAAGCGGUGGUGUCUGUGGUAUGAUGAGGUUGAUCCAACCUUGCAAAUGAAGCCAUGUGGUUCCUUGACCAAAAUAAACAAAAUUUGUGACUUGAAAAUGUUUUGUUUUUUUUUAUCAUAAAUUAGUGGAUUUUCUUUCUUCUGGUGAAUCCACUACUUUAAGUUUGUAAAAAAAAUAAUAUUUUUUUUUACCUACAAUGACCCUAAUACGCAAUGUUACAGAUUUGUGCUUGAUAGUUUCUGGCAGAUGAUAGAUGGUAAGAAACGCAAAGAGAAAAAUGACUUCAGACAUGUUUGUCUUUUCUGCACAGAGUGAAGCAUGAUGACGAGUAGCAAUAUCAUUUAUGACAGAGUUUAGGGGAAAUACGGGCGUACAUUUGAGAAACUCAAGCACUAAUAAUACAGCACCAAUGGUGUUAAAUAAGGAUAAUAACCAGGCUAUAGAAGUUGACGUUGACAUUCCGGUCUAAAUUGUUACACAUAGCACCUUUUUGAAGAACAGCACAAGAGUUAUUUUACAGCCUCCUUUGAAAGGAUUGUUCUUUUUUUUCUUUUUUCUUUUACAUCAGAAUGUAAAAAUAUAAGACUAUCAGUGAAUUACAUUUGCCAAAGACAAGUUUUGCAACUGCAACUGCAAGUCAGAGCAGAAAAUCCAAACCAAACACACAAGGAGUUUACUUUAUACGCUUUCUUUAACGUUUGUUUUUUCAAGGCCGUCGAUAUGGUCCUCGAGUGUUGUUGCACAAAAAAAAACCCCACUCGAUGUUUAUCAGACCAACCAAGCACCGUGUCUGCCUUCAUUUUACGGUAUUUCAGCUCUACUGUAACUGUGUAGGGACACUCACAAACCCAUUAAGAUGUUCAACAAAGUGACUAUCCCUCAUACUAUCUGUAAGGUUGAUUUAAAAAUAACUAUAAAAACAACUAAAAACUCAAAGGCUUUAUUCCCGACUAUGAAAAAAACAUCUUUGCUGUAAUGGGUUAAUGUUCGGAUGAAUGUAUUCUUGAAGUGUCUGUCAAAUGAGCUAUGGAAAUAUGUUAACAUGAGGACAUUUUUUCUUGGUUGUUGAACAUUUGCUAAACUAUCUAGACGUUCAUUAUUUUCUCUUGAAACGAGGACAAAUUCAGUGCCUAUGCUUCAGGUUUAAGAAACCUGUGCAUGGUGAGAAGACAAACAAGUGCAUAGUGAAAUGCAAAGAGGGAUAUGUGUGGCAUAUUUAUGAACAGUAUAAGUUACUGUAAGCGAAAACAUUGUAAGGAAGUAUAUGUAACUGUACAUACUAGAAACGAUACAACAUCUCGGUGCUUGAGGCGUGCAGGGUUUUUCCUCAAGGCAACGUUUUGUUUCCAGAAAAUCAUUUCAUUUAAUUUAUGAAAUGAUAAACAUUUGGAAUGAGUAUAACAACAUACUGUACAAAAAUAAAUCUAAUUUAUGAACUGAA